CUGCCAGGCACACCUCCAGCAACCGAUGAAAUCAAGAAAAUAGACGACUCGAACAACUGGUGGAAUAAAAAACAUUCUAAAAAGCCCAGAAACAGUUCGGGUAGUCCCAAUCAGAACUCUGACUCAGAGAAACAACAGUUAAACAAGGUGUUUGUAGAAGAUGAAGCUCCGAUCAAUAAGAAACUACCAAAGGAACUGCUCUUACGUAUUUUUUCCUACUUAGACGUCGUUUCAUUAUGCAGAUGUGCGCAAGUGUCGAAAGCGUGGAAUAUUUUAGCAUUAGACGGCUCAAAUUGGCAGCGGAUCGACCUCUUCGAUUUUCAGAAAGAUGUAGAGGGUGCAAUCCUAGAUAACAUAUCACAUCGAUGUGGUGGUUUCCUUCGCCAGUUAUCCCUCCGAGGAUGCCAAUCAAUCGCAGACGGCUCAAUAAAAACCUUAGCUCAAGAAUGUCCGAACAUCGAGGAUCUUAACCUCAACACCUGCAAAAAACUCACCGACGCCACGUGCACGUCCCUCUCCCGCCAUUGUCCCAAAUUGCAGAAACUCAAUUUGGACAGCUGCUCCUCUAUAACCGAUAUUUCUCUUAAAGCCUUAAGUGACGGUUGUCCGAAUUUAACGCAUAUAAAUAUAAGUUGGUGUAGUAACAUUACGGAGAACGGCGUCGAAGCCUUAGCCAGAAAAUGUACGAGGUUGAAGAGCUUUAUUAGUAAAGGAUGUAAGCAUAUCACUUCCCGGGCUGUUAUUUGCUUGGCGAGGUUUUGCCAUGAGUUGGAAGUAGUUAAUUUGCAAGGAUGUAAUAAUAUUAGAGAUGAAGCAGUACAGUCACUAGCAGAUAAAUGCCCUCGACUUCAUUAUCUCUGUUUGAGUGGAUGUUCAGGAUUAACGGACACGUCUCUCGUAGCUUUAGCAUCAAAUUGCCAUCUUUUAUCCACAUUAGAAGUCGCAGGAUGUACGCUAUUUACUGACGCUGCCUUUCAAGCUUUAGCACGAAAUUGCAGAUAUUUAGAGAAGAUGGACUUAGACGAAUGUGUCCUAAUAACGGACGCUACCCUCAUUCAUUUAGCCAUGGGAUGUCCUAGGAUCGAAUAUUUGACCUUAUCGCACUGCGAGCUAAUAACAGAUGAAGGUAUACGUCAUUUGUCGAUGUCCCCAUGUGCAGCUGAGAAUUUAACAGUUUUAGAAUUAGACAAUUGUCCCCUUGUCACAGAUGCUUCUCUUGAACAUUUAACUUCGUGUCACAAUUUGCAACGAGUAGAACUUUACGACUGUCAGUUAAUCACUAGAGUUGGAAUUAGGAGACUUAGGAGUCACUUACCCAAUAUAAAAGUGCAUGCCUAUUUCGCACCGGUGACUCCACCGCCAAUGGCAGGCGGAAACCGACAGAGAUAUUGUAGGUGUUGUGUCAUACUGUGA